CAAGAGAGUAAAUUAAAUAAAUAUAAAAAGAUCUCCACAACAAGGAAAGUCAAUUAUCACACUAAUGCUUUUGUAGUGCCGAUAAGUCACAUCUUAUAGCUGAACCCGUAACUUGAAAAUGGGUAGUGAAGCGUCAAAAGAAAGGAAGCGGAAAGAAAGGGAUGAAGAACGUAAUCAGAAAAAGGCCAUUGAAGAUGAAUUACGUAAGCGUUAUGAAGAAGAUCGCAAACGUCACGAUGAAGACCGUGAACGGAAAAAAGUGUUUGAAGAUGAAUUACUUAAGCGUGCUGAAGAAGAUCGUAAACGGAUAAAUGUCAUUGAAGAUGAACAGAGAAAGCACAAGAACGAGAUGGAUAAAUUGGAAUCAAAAAGGAAAAUAAACGAUUUGGAGCACGAGAAAAAGAAGGAAAAUAAUCGCCACAAAGAAGCUAUAGUCAGAGAGAUCGGCAAUAUUUACGAGAAGCAUUUUAUCACGUGUGAAAAAGCCGGAUUGUCAACAAAUGAAGCAGAGGAAAAGUUUAAUAUAAGGCUCGGUGGACUCAUGAGAAAAUUAGAGUUGAAUCUCGACGAACUUCCGAAAUAACUGCCUUCACGGAUCACUACAUAUGGGAUCUCAAGCUGCGACAGACGAAUAUCAUAUUUUAUAAUUUAGUUGUCGAUUUAUCGAGUAAAUAUAACAGAGUUCCAUGAUCAUAUAAUAUAAUAAUUU